UACAUUUCUCCCAUGCGUGCCAUUGAGCCAACCGAGCUGGCAAAUCAUGCGGCUGAUGACCGUCGUCCACUCCCUCUUCUUAUUCCCACCGACGAAAAGUUCACCUCGCGCAAGUCACCUUUUGAGAAAAUUCUGCAGCUCCAGUAAAAUGAUACAUACUUUCGAUUUUGAAGUUUUUGGAAAAGUCCAAGGAGUUUUCUUCCGGAAGUAUACAAAGCUGGAAGCAGACAAGCUAAACAUAAAGGGCCAUGUCAGGAACACAGACAGGAACACAGUGGUAGGAAAAGCAGAAAGUGACAGCAAAGAAUCGCUGGAGAAGUUUAAGAAUUUCCUCAAAAAUAUCGGUAGCCCAUCGUCAAGAAUAGACGAAUGUAUAAUAACGAAUGAGAAGACGCUCGAGGGGUUCUCCAGUACCGAUUUUGUUAUAAGGCGAUAAAUUGGGAUGGUGAAUGGGGGUGGGAGGAGGUCACCCCAUUUGGGACACGUAUCAUAGCUUUGUCUUUUCUGUGAACAUUCCUCAAGGGGAAGACCUAAUCCAAUUUAAAUAACACAUAAAGGAGGCCACCCAUUGGACACCUUUUUUUUUUUUUUUUUUUUACGAACAAUAAAUCCCAAGUUGGUGAAGACGCCAAAUGGAAAGCACC